GGGAGGAGCGAAGUCCUGGACCCUCCAGCUGGAAGCCGCUUCGUGGAGUAAGACAUGGCGUGCGGAUUCCGCAGGUCCAUCGCCAGUCAGCUGUCCAGAGUGUUGGAUCUUCCACCAGAAAACUUGAUCAAGUCAAUAUCUGCAGUUCCAAUUUCCAGAAAAGAAGAGGUAGCCGACUUCCAGCUUUCUGUGGAUUCUCUAUUGGAAAACAGCAAUGACCAUUCAAGACCAGAUAUUCAAAUUCAAGCCAUGAGACUGGCAGAGAAGCUAAAAUGUGACACAGUGGUGAGUGAAAUCAGCACUGGCCAGGGGACUGUAAAUUUCAAAAUCAACAGAGAGCUGUUGACAAAGACUGUACUGCAACAGGUGAUUGAAGAUGGCUCAAAAUAUGGAUUAAAAAGUGAACUUUUUUCUGGCCUCCCCCAGAGGAGGAUCGUGGUUGAAUUCAGUUCACCUAAUGUUGCCAAAAAAUUUCACGUUGGACAUUUGCGUUCUACCAUCAUAGGAAAUUUUAUAGCAAAUCUCAAAGAAGCUUUAGGACAUCAAGUAACAAGAAUAAAUUAUCUUGGAGAUUGGGGCAUGCAGUUUGGUCUUCUGGGAGCUGGCUUCCAGCUGUUUGGCUAUGAAGAAAAACUCCAGUCCAGCCCUUUACAGCAUCUCUUUGAAGUUUAUGUGCAAGUUAAUAAAGAAGCAGCAGAUGAUAAGAACGUAGCAAAAUCAGCACAUGAAUUCUUCCAGCGACUGGAGCUCGGCGACGUGCAGGCACUUGCACUGUGGCAGAAGUUCCGGGACCUGAGCAUCGAGGAGUACGUGCGGAUCUACAAGCGUCUAGGAGUACACUUUGAUGAAUAUUCAGGAGAAUCGUUUUAUCGUGAAAAAUCUCAAGAAGUCUUGAAGUUGCUGGACAGUAAAGGACUCCUGCAGAAAACACUAAAAGGCACUGCUGUAGUAGACCUUUCAGGCAAUGGUGACCCCUCUGCACUUUGUACUGUCAUGCGAAGUGAUGGGACGUCUCUGUAUGUAACCAGAGAUCUUGCAGCUGCUAUAGAUCGAAUGGAAAAGUAUAAUUUUGAUACAAUGAUCUAUGUGACAGAUAAAGGGCAAAAAAAGCAUUUUCAGCAGGUGUUCCAGAUGCUGCAGAUCAUGGGAUAUGACUGGGCAGACAGGUGCCAACACGUGCCCUUUGGGAUAGUGCAGGGAAUGAAAACUCGGAGAGGAGAUGUUACUUUUCUGGAAGAUGUUCUAAAUGAGAUUCGAUUGAGGAUGCUACAGAACAUGGCUUCUAUUAAGACGACCAGAGAGCUGGAGAGCCCCCAGGAGACGGCAGAGCAGGUGGGGCUCGCAGCCCUCAUCAUUCAGGACUUCAGAGGGUCCCUGCUGUCGGAUUACCAGUUCAGCUGGGACCGUGUUUUCCAGAGCCGCGGGGACACGGGAGUCUUCCUGCAGUACACACACGCCCGCCUCCACAGUCUGGAAGAGACUUUUGGAUGCGGCUAUCUCAAUGACUUCAACACUGCCUGCUUACAAGAGCCGCAGUCUGUUUCCAUUCUUCAGCAUCUUCUCAGGUUCGACGAGGUGCUUUAUAGGUCAUCUCAAGACCUUCAGCCCAGGCACAUUGUCAGCUACCUUCUAACUCUAAGUCACCUCGCCGCAGUGGCGCACAGGACGCUGCACGUCAGAAGCAGUCCUCCCGAGGUGGCCGGGGCCAGACUUCACCUUUUCAGAGCUGUCCGCUCAGUCCUAGCCAAUGGAAUGAAACUUCUUGGAAUAACACCUGUACCUCUUGGCACACUACAUGAACUGGGGCACUGAAUACAUUGAAUAACAAGGAAUUACUUUACGGAUACCGACCUAGGAUCUUCGUAAAUGAGCCCAUUAAAGCAUAUCUGAAAUGGAGUUUCCCAGCUGCGUGUAUCUGCAUGUUGUUGAGUGCAUUUUCCUGCUAAGGGAACAUGAGUAGGAUGUGGUCUGUUUGAUAGGUUCAGCUAUCCUCAUCUGAGAAUUUCCAUUCUGAUCUGCUACAAUUUAUUCUGACUGUUGCUACUAGAAGUCUUCUGAAUACCAAUGACAGUCUGUUUUUAUGCAUAGAGAAGCCAGUUAGCGUGAACUAAAGCUUCUUCAGUUGAGUGAGUUUAGUUUUAUAUUGGCAAGUGUGGUAUACAUUGUUAAUCCUAGAAAAGACUCCAAUUUUAAGUGAAUUAGCUUCCAGAUUGCUAAUUCUCUAUGUAAAGUAUCAAUAUUUCUUCAGCAUAAAUCAGCCAUGGAAUAAAAACGUAAGCUGGGACAUGUUUUACAGGUCUAGUAUCCCCCGCCUCUCCUUUGAAAAAACAUUCCCCUCCCCAGAUCCUUAGUAUCCCUAGCUUCCUUAGGAUUUGAAUCUUGAGUAAAGUGACUGACACGGGGGCAAUGAUUGUUAGAGCCAGGGCUUUGAAAAAGCAGCUCCCUGAAAGAAACGUACGUUAAUUCCUAUAGCCUAGAGCCCUACAGUCUUCACAACUUCCUUUUGUUGUUGUUUAAUGCUAGCUAGAGUCUCUCUAUAUAAGCCCUUUUUGCAACUUGAUGAAAGUUCGCAUAUAGAAAGUAAAUUUAAUGGUUUGG